AUGACGACUGAGCACUCGUCGAAAGUGUCUUUGGACACGACGGUUAAGCUUACGGGCAGACGUGACUGGCCACAAUGGUACAGCACGCUUCAGUAUCUUGCCCGGGCGAAAGACGUCUGGAAAUACAUCAAUCCAGACGAAGAAGGUUCGAAUGAAAUUCUGAAACCGGAGGAACUCCCUACGCCUGAAGUCUUCAUUAAGAAGCGGAACUAUCAACUACAAAAGGACUAUGAGAAACGACUCAAAACCUGGACCGCACGCCAUGAAGCCCCUGAAACGAACACUCAGGACGAUACCGUCUCCCAAGUGCCGUCAGGAGAACGGCCAUCUCCUCCGGACCUAGUGACGAAGCAGACACCGGGGAUUUUCGACGAGUACGCUGCUCAGCUAAGAUACCAAGCGGCGCAACAAGGAAGCCUCACGAAACAAGAAAGAGCAUGCGAACUUAUUGACUCUUGGGUCUCCGCUACAGUUGACCAAGCGCUGUUGGUACCAGCCCGUAUGGAACUCCUCAGGACGAACGAAAUCAACCUUCGGAACUUGAUUACCGCUCUCAAACGUAAAUACGCCCCGAACGAGACGAGGAAGUCUAGCCACAAGGGCGUUCCUCAGAGCGGUGGGACAGAGAUUUGCACCGACUUGGGCGACUUCGGAGCUCACGCAGAUUAUUACACGAGAACGCUCCGGAGAGAAGAUUUACAGCCUAGGAUCUGGGUGCCCUCGCUUGGCCAAGUGAUUAUCACAAGAAACGUGACGUUUGACGAGAAUCGUUUCUACUCGCCAGACGACGUCGAUGCUGAACCCAAAACGUCAACGGCUACCCAAAUAGUGGAAGAGAUUCGGGAAACAGAGUCGUCUCUCAACCCAAUCCUCGAAGCACUAGGAGUCAUAGAUUCAGCAGAGCAGACGUUAAUCCAGGCCACUCAACCACCACCAGCCGUCUUGGAACCUAAUCAAGAAGCGACACGAGACGUCGUGCCGACGGAAGAGACGGGCCAGGAAAAGGACGAGGGGUGGUUGCUAACGCCGGACCCGACCCCGGAGCCGGAAAGCGUGCCCGACUCCGGAGGACCGACGUCUGAGACCGGGGAUUCAAGCACUACACCGUUGCUAGAACCCUCCACCGAGCGAGACACCGCUGCAGCCGUGUCGGACGCAGAAGACGUAAUAUACGUCAGGACCGAGGAGGACGAAGGGGCCUCCACGGAUAUACGAUCGGGCAACGACUUGCAACCCAGACCUAUUAUGGCCAACCAGUACGACAAAGUCGAAGAGCACGAAACCUACCUCCAGAAAACAGAGACGGAGAAGGGCACGCCGCACGAAGACGACAUGUACACGAAUUCCACACGACUUUCAUGCCUGAUCAGCAGAAAGCCGAGGAAGAAAAGGACUACGGACACAAGACUCUGCACUACAUCUUUCAGAGUUCUGUUCACCGCACGAAGCAUACUCGCCUAA